UGUAUUUAAAUGUAUAAGAGAUCAGAAUGUAUAGAAGAAGCAGAGAGAGAUUAGUUGCCACGUUUGUGUCAAGGAAUGUCAUAUUAUUCAGUUAUACAGAGCAUAUUAUUAAGUAUAUUUUGGGUGGGGAAAAAUCCUCCUUAAGGUGGGAAACUUGUGUUGUGAGGGUCACCGGGUUGUUAGUUAAGGAUUCAAACUGAGGACAUCUUUUUUAGAGGCAACUGAUCGAAGAGCUCUUUCAUGACAUGAGUUAUACUCCCUUGUCUCAAAAUGAAAUUAGCUGCAUGUAGCAUUUAUGAUCUGAAACUAAAGGCUAACAAAAUUAAAGUAAUGAUGUUUCAGUGUUGGGUAUUAUAAGGUUUACUGCUGGUCAAAAUGAAAAUAGGCUUGUUUAACUAGUGUGCGACUUGGUCUGCAAAUUUGGGGAAGAGAAACAUUUCAAAAAGAUUGGGAUUGGUGAUAAUUAGUUGAAACAUCCUCAGAAUACUAAAGAGCUUUCAAGAACAGGUAAAAAGCUUUACUGCCUGAUGUGGAAGGAAUGCAAAAAAAUUCCAAGCAGUAGCUGAAAUCUAAUUAUGAAUUCCCUAUUGACCUGUUUUGUUUUCAGCUAAUAUAUUAUGCCAAUGUCUUAAGGAAGACUACAAAAUCAGAGUGAGAUAUGGCUGUUCAUUAUCUGAGCCACUUUUCAAGUGCCUUUUAGUUUUAAAUGAAAAGUAUGAAGAAAUACAUUGCACCUCCUGACUAUAACAAUAUCUUUAAUUUGGGUGACAAAAUUUUUCACAGACUUCCUCAUAUUUGUAAUAGAUGACAGUAUGUGCUCUUUUUCUGAUCUACAUUUACAUUUUAUUUGUAUUUAGUGUCAGCAAUGGUCUGGUGUGACAAACACCCCCACAACUAAGCAUAUUGAUUCAGAAGUAACUUCCACCAAAUUCAGUGUGACUCAUGCCUGCCUGAUCCAUUGCAUGCUCACUCAGAAAUAAACUAUGUUUGGUUCAAUAGGAUUUACUUGCUCAUAAACUAAGUUGUGGCCAAUCGUAGAUGAGAGAGGGCAGUAUACAAAUAAACUUUUACUUACUUACUACUUACUUGCACCCUUGGUAGGAACUACUCCUUUAAUUUUUGCGGUGAAAUCUCUGCUUUGGAGAAUGGCCAUGAGAUGGAUAAACAUCAGAAAGAUGUGUCAUCAGUUUUGUUGUGUUUUGACAACAAACCAAUUUGGUUUAUUUGAUGGAGGAAAUCAUAUGACAGAUGGAAUGCUUUGGAGGUUUGCGUCAAGGUCAUGUACAAAGGGAGCGGACUUUGUAUCAGAGGAAACACUUGCUCUGUAACUUACAUUGAGUGAGUGAGAGUCUUGGAAAUCUCAGCAUUUCUUGUAUCCUGUGCCAAGUUUACAACAAUCAAAAAUUGAUGAAAGGUAGAGCAGUCUGAAGUUCAAGAAAUCACAGGCUUGGACCAGGUUGUGCAGCAAGAGUUGAUAACAAUUGAAGUAUAGGUACUACUCUAAAUAAAACAAGUUGCACAAUAAAUAAAUAUCUAAAUAUUCCUUCAUUUGUUUGCUUAAACAUAUUUUAUUGGGAGUUUACAUAGCGGGACAGUAAAUUAUUUACCCACCCUCCCAUAUCACAAACAACAUUCUACGAUUCGAAAUGUAAUCAAUUACUAUCAAAGUCAUAUAACAACAAUGGACCAUUAUCAAUAUUCAAAGCAUGCUCAUCAAAAUGUUUUUGUUAUGAUAGCUUCCAAAAUACUUGUUAUUCCACAGAGAGCCAUGUCUAAAAUUUGCAUGUGCCGUAUAUGUUAUAAAUGGAUUACCAUACAUGGAACUUCAGAAUUGCCUUCAAACAUUUUGCUAUUAGCAAGUGGAGUUUCAGAGUUUCGGGGUCAGUUCCUCUAAGAAUGUGGGGUUUCACACUCCAUCUAAUAAGUGAUGAAAGGACAAGUCUUCUAAGCUCUUCCAAGUCAUUGCUAUCUCUAGCCUUACUGCAUACAGCAAGGUAGAUUGAAGAGAUUUAUAUAAAUAUUUUUUCCAUUGUUUAAUCAUAAAUUGAUAUAAGCUAACAUACAAGUGAGAAGGAAUAAGCCACCUUGCAAACACAGUUGUUACUUUGUUGUGGCCCAGUUCUAUCUCCUUCUUUGUCAGCAUUAGGCACCUAAUGAAGUAGUUUUAUUGCUUACACAUUUCAAAGUGGCAGUACCCAUCAUCUUUUGUCUAAUUUACUGAUUCCAUUAAAGUUCUGUUCUUUGAAUUCGUGCCUAUUAAAUGUAUGAUGGUAUCUAACUGUUUUACAAGAAACAAGCAAUAGACAUUUUUAAUACACCUUCCGUUUGGGGAUAGGAAUUCUUCUCCUUGUAUCUUGAUUCUUUGCAAACUUUCAUGCCACUUUGGUGGGCAUGAAAACUUUCUUAACUUGCCACCCAAGUGAAUCCUUGGGUUUCUGAGAAGGAACAUGAUUGACAUCUCUGCUUUGCCUUCGAACAGCAGCGAUCUAACUAAUAAAUGGCAUAUUAACCUCUUGCAAAUCAAGGGAUUAAACUGGCUUUGGAAGGUUUUGCUUGGCAACUGGCCCAAAGUGAGAAAGCUUCAGAAAGCCAAUCAAAAGGCAAGCUUCCCAUGCGCUAUGUGGUUGCUGCAUGCUGCGCUGUCUUACCAACAACCGACACAUGGAUCCAGGUUCACUCAUUUCAAAGGCAGGACAUGGAGUAGCAGAGAGAGCAUGCCCAUUUGUGAACACCCUUUCCAGAGUAUCAGAAGUUUUAUUUCAAUGGGUUCUGGCAGAAUCCCAUUCCCAGCCUUGCUCUGAUGCCGGAAUAUGUCACACCAAUGCAAGCCUCAUCCAACGAAUGGGGGAAAUCACCAAGAAGACUCAACUUGCCUGACCCUUCAAAACACUGGUCUUACCGUCAUCCGUCCCAGACCUCCACGGCAAGGAGAGGCAGUGGAGAUCAAUCCUCUAAGAUGUUCAUUUGGACCAGCGGCCGAAGCUCCUCAUCGUACAGACAUGACGAGAGAAGCUUGCCCAAUGCUGAACGCCCAAGAAAUAUUUACCAAAAAAUCAGGGAUCAUGAUCUACUGGACAAAAGGAAAACAGUCACCGCUCUCAAAGCCGGAGAGGACCGGGCCAUUCUCCUCGGACUGACGAUGAUGGUGUGUUCCAUUAUGAUGUACUUCCUCCUCGGAAUCACGCUGCUGAGGUCAUACAUGCAAAGCGUUUGGACAGAAGAGACGCAGUGCACACUCCUCAAUGUCUCCAUCACAGAAACCUUCAACUGUUCGUUCAGCUGUGGUCCAGACUGUUGGAAAAUCUCCCAGUACCCCUGCCUGCAAGUGUAUGUCAAUGUCUCCUCUUCAGGGCAGAAGUUUUUACUUUACCACACAGAGGAGACAAUUAAAAUUAAUCCUGAGUGUUCCUAUAUACCCAAGUGUGGCAAGAACUUUGAAGAGUCCCUGUCCCUUGUGAAUGUCGUUAUGGAAAACUUCAAGAAGUAUCAGCACUUUUCCUGCUUUUAUGACCCAGAAGGCACUCAAAAGAAUGUAUUGCUAACAAAACUUUACAGUUCCAAUGUGGUGUUCCACUCACUUUUUUGGCCAACGUGCAUGAUGAUCGGAGGACUAGCAAUUGUUGCCAUGGUCAAGUUGACCCAGUACCUAUCCCUUCUCUGUGAGAGGAUCCAACGGAUCAACAGAUAGAAGUUAUCAGCUCACUUCCAGGAUUGACUGACAGCUGAAAUACUGUUUCUUUCUUCUUCUUUUUUUCAUUCUUCACCAAAGAACCUUAAGUUUGUAAUGUCUACGUCUGUUCUAAGUUCCUUAUAUUUUUAUGAAGUAGAGCAAUAACGAAAAAGGCUGUUCUAUAUGCAAACGUGAUGCUUUUAUUAUGCAGGUGAUGAGAAAAGGAAUUACCGUUUGCGUUGGCCGUCUACAUGAUCUUGAUUUAUGCUGCAACUUAGUACUUCUUUUCUUCUUUUUUCUUCUACAGCCAAAAUAGGGCUCAGUGUAAAACCAUUUGCCAAGCUUUAUCUUUGAAUGCAUCAACAUUUCAGCACAAAUCCAAUUUGGAGGGAUGUAUUACAUUGCCACGUGUGUUCAUGUGAACCAUUGAAAGUUCCACUUAAGCCAGGAGAUAAGGGAGGGAUGUAAAAUGGAAGGAAGUUUGAAAAAGUAUAAAAGCAGAAGGCUGGCCAACUGAAGUGGAACUAAAAUGGAUGCCUUCAUCCAGAUAUUUCUUGCCUGUGUGGGACCCCCAGCUACCUUCUCCACUGAGGUUAAAGGUCUCAAACAAGUGCCGGACAUAUCACUGCACACUCAAGCGCCACUCCAGAGAACAUUGUCAAACUAGCAUCCCAUUGAAACCUAUAAGGCCUUUUAAUCAAGGCAAUGGGAUGCUAGUACAAUUUACUGAAUAUACUCAUGUAUAAGUCUACAAAUUAUAGUCAAAAAAUUAACCCCAAAAACCAAGGUUGACUUAUCCACAAGUCAAUGUAAGUACUGUAACUUAACACACACACAUAACACACACUUUUUUGAGUACAGUAAUGUAAGGCGAGAGCUUGGUUCACCCUGUGAGAGCCUAAAAGCAGCACUGAGUCCUUCUACUCUCUCCACCAUGGCAGCACUUCUCGACUUUUUGAAUGCAUGGGUGGGAAAAUUGCAGUAAUCGUCAGGUGAGGUACCAUUGGUACUGUCCCCUCUCUGUGGAAUGGCCCUCAACUUAUCCACAGGUCAUAUCAAAAUCUAUAACCUGCCCUUAAUUUAUACACGAGAUCAACUUAUACAUGAGAUAUGUAGUAAUUGUUUUAUGGAGUUGGGGAAAGCUCCAGAGUUCUGGACCGGGGCAAUAAUCUACAAGUCUUCAUGCUCAGGGUUAAAAUUUUGUUUCUGGUGUUUUAGAUCCAGCAAAACAUUGCUUUGCAAUAUCUUCUUUCUCCAUGAAUCAUCAUUUACCAAAGCGACAGCCAAAAAAACCAACCAACGAACACACCAACCCUCAUUCCACAAAUUUUGUCAUCUCAUUUUCUACUCCAGCCUGAGCCCUGUUGGCAGAGAUGGGACCAGAUAACACCUUGUGUGCAAGUCUAUUAUGUGCAUUUUUCUUGUAUUUGCUACCAUAUCACUGUAAAGAACUAAAAAAACAAAAAUCCAUAGUCAGCUAUUUUUUCAUUUUUUACUUCCAACUCUUUUAGAUUUUUUACUGGGUAUUUUAAAAAAAGAAUACUAGACGAGAAGACAAAAAAAAGUAUAUUCUAUUCAGUGGUGUAUUGUAAUAUGAAUAUGUUAUAUUUUAUUAUUUCUUUUAUUAACUGGAAUGUGAGCAGUACACUUCUUGUAUAUUCCCGUGUCUGGUUAAAAUCAUAAUGAAGGAAAAUAGUGCCAGAGAGCUGGAAAAGGCUUAGAUGCCAUUUUUGUCGUGGCAUUUUAGUUCAAAUAAGCUUAGCUGGAACUUAGAAUGGAAAGGGCAUCCUCUAGUCCGAGAUCCCAAUAAGAUGUGGUUUACUGGUUUGAGUGUUGGGCAACUCUGGAGACCAGGGAUCAAAUGCCCACUUGAACAUGUAAACCCAAUGGUGACUCUGGGCUGAUCGGACACACUCAGCCAUAGGACACCCUGUGAUAGGGUUGCCAUAAGUCGGAAAUCGACUUGAAGGCACAGAACAGCAAAUGAUAAUAUUAAUCCUAAAGAGGGUUGUUACAAGAAAAAGUGCAAUUUUCCUCCCAAAAUGAUAAGAGAUGAAGACAUAUGUAAUUUAGAUGUGUUGCUCCAUGCACUGAAGGUCAUGAAGUCAGAUGGAAGAUCCAGGAACAUGCAUAUGUUCAGUGCAUACUGUGAGCCCUGCAUUGCCACCACAGCAUCACUAGAAGGUCUUAGGUGGCUGUCCAAAAUAGAACAUUUCUUUUCUUUCCUCAUGUGCUCCUUGCUGCUCAGCAACAGCAGAGCACAAAGAAAAGAUGGAAAUCCAUGUGGGCUAGAGAGACAGGGAAUUAUCACACAAUGGGCAAAUCACUGAAACUACUGUGGGGAGUACAGGGUUAGGAUGGGUCUCUAUAAAGCAGGCAUGGGCAAACUUCGGCCCUCCAGGUAUUUUGGACUUCAGUUCCCACAAUUCCUAACAGCUGGUAGAUUGUUAGGAAUUGUUGGAGUUGAAGUCCAAAACACCUGGAGGGCCAAGGUUUGCCCAUGCCUGCUAUAAAGUGUUAGUAAGUGAAAUCUCAUCAGGAAUAAGAGAGGUAAAACGAGCAGCAUGAAACAAAGAAAGGAAGAGGAUGUCAGUAAGAGGGAAAGAAGGGAAGAAAAAAUAUGGGGGAAUAGAGCUUGGGGUUUACAAUGUAGAUGGAAAAUAUACGGGACACCCUUUUGGUGCCCAAUUUGCCAUAAAGUUCAAUGAGAUAGAUGCGGAGUGGCAAGAGGAAUGAUCACAUCUCCUGCCCCCAUCUUCCGCAUAAUUUCAAAUAGUAUUCUCAAUUUUAUUUGAUUAUAAUUACAAUGACAAUCCUAACGCUAAAUUUUGCGCAGAAAGAAAAAUGUGAAGAACUUAAUGAUCACCCGCCUUGAAUUAACGUGAGAAUUUUUAAAAGAAACAUUUUAAAGGAAACAAAGGCUACUUUUUUGCCAAAAAGGAAGAGGUGUUUUGAUCUGUCUAGCUCAUCUGUGAUCUGAGUACUUCUUUACUCCCUAAAAUGUAAUGUUGGGGGAGAAAAAAAAACAAUGUUAUGGUGUUGCAAGAUUUCAUGAACUGUGCAAGUGUCGUCUGAACUGUACAAAUGAAGUCUGCAGCAGUGAAAUUAAUCUUUGAUCUUGUAAUCCGUAAUGCAACUUCUUUUCUCAGGCAAAUAAGUUCCUGGGGUGUGUAAUCAGGACUUCGAAACUGUGUGAUUUGGUACAAAAAUUAUUCAAUUAAAACUUUCAGAUUUCAA